CUGGGACCGCUGCAGAUCUCCCUCGGUCGUAUGGUUAUCGACAUAGUCAAGUUCUUUUUUAUCUAUAGUCUGGUUCUCUUUGCCUUUGCUUGUGGUCUGAAUCAGUUGCUUUGGUACUUUGCUGAUUUGGAGAAACGGAAAUGUUACGUAUUGCCCGGAGGUUUACCCGACUGGGACAAUGCAGGGGACUCAUGUAUGAAGUGGCGUAGUUUUGGAAAUGUAUUCGAAGCGUCUCAGUCCCUCUUCUGGGCUUCUUUUGGCUUGGUAGGCCUUGACAGCUUCGAAUUGGCCGGAAUCAAGAGUUACACGAGGUUUUGGGGUCUACUUAUGUUUGGAUCGUACUCCGUGAUCAACGUAAUUGUCCUCUUGAAUCUUCUCAUUGCCAUGAUGUCUAACUCAUAUGCUAUGAUUGACAAACAUUCUGACGUUGAAUGGAAGUUUGCACGUGCCCGCUUGUGGAUGAGCUAUUUUGAGGAAAAUGCAACGUUGCCUCCGCCUUUCAACAUAUUUCCCACACCAAAGUUGUUCUGCAAAUUGUCGGGUCUUAGGCAAAAAGACAAGUUAAGAAAAAUGAAGGUAAAGGAACAGAAAGAGAAAGAAAACGACAUCCGCUAUACAGCUGUCAUGCGUGCUCUUGUCUGGCGAUAUGUGUCGUCAACGCACAGGAAGAUGGAUGAAGAACCGGUCACAGAAGAGAAUAUUAACGAACUCAAAAGUGAUGUCUCAGCUCUGAGAUAUGAACUAUUAGAAGUAUUUGAGAAGAACGGAAUGGAUGUAUCAUUUACAGACAGGAAAGAAAAGACGGUCCUUGCAAAACGUACGAAAAUUUGGGAGCGUCGCCUUAUGAAGGAUUUCCAAGUAGCUCCAGUACCGCCAUUAGAUGAUGAUGAAAGGCAUGAAACAGCCUUGGCUAGAUUCAGAAGAAUUGCCAAGAUGGCAAUUUCAACAAAUAGUAAUUCAAUGUGGGACAAAACUCUCGCUGGAGUUGGUAUUUCUACGCAAAUCGGUCGCUGUCGUACUAGACAGUCAUUCAAGAAUCAGCAGAAUUUGCAGAGGGCUAUGGACGAAGCCAGAAAACUUGUGACGCGCUCACCACUACCGGAGUUAUCCCGAGGAUCAUCGCCCAUAGAGGUGUCAUUGGCUCCUGAUAAUACAUUAUUGGAACUCAUAAAAGAUAUAUCAACAGAAGUAAGACGUCAUUCUGGGAAUGUUUCUUCUCUGCCUAAGUCUCCUUGGAAAGGUGAUGGUCCUACAGUAGGAGGAUUCCUAAACCCAAGUGUUGUUCCUAACAGAGCUUCGUCUCCUGUUGUUCGUAUAACUAGUCCAGCGUCUGCAAACGCAUCUAGAAGUACAUCACCGGUUUCUCAGAGACUAAGUCCUUCAUCAAGACCUUUAUCAUCUGCUUCUGAUUUGGCACCACCCGUCGCAAGAAGUGACACAACUUCAUUAAGAACACCGACACCGUUACCCAGUGAUUUAACGCAAAAAUCUAAGCAAGCAGAAAAUCCGACUGGAUUAAAUGAACAGGUGGAUAAUGAAACCAAAGAAGAUAUAGCAUUAGCAAGACCGGUAGUAUCUGAAAUCAAACCCACAGAGGGAGCGUUGCCACCACCACCGGCUAAGCCAAAGACUCCAGUGACAUCAAUAAUGGAAGUGACGCCGAGUUCGCCUUCUAUUCGAUCGGUUACACAAUCAACAACGAAGAACUUGUCAAGCGAUAAUAAAACCCCAUCAUUUUUUAAGCCUCGGCCUUCAUCACCUAGACCUUCUUCCUUGCAAACCACAUCUGCUUGUCAUUCGUCCACAUCGAGCACAGAGCACCUGCUUAAAUCUCCGGGCCCAAAAACGCUUCGACCCAGUAUUAAAAUAGAUGAUGUUAACACAAUUAAGCGACAACCCAAAACUGGUUGGCUUUGA